AUGGCUGUUGUUGAUGUCGGAGUAACACUGACAAACAAUGUGGUCUCCGUUUUCUUUCCACAGCCCCAGCACACGAAUGUCUGCUUCUGGUACCUUCCGCCAGGCAUUCGUGACAUGCCCGAUGGUCAAGAGAGGCGGGACAGGUUGCAUAAGGUGGCGCCCAAGAUCAAGGCGUUGAUGAUGGAGUCUGGAACUACCAUGGUGGGCUACCAGCCUCAGGGAGACAAGGUCAACUUCUUCCGCAUGGUCAUCUCCAAUCCUGCCGCCACCAGGUCAGAUAUCGACUUCUUGACCGAUGAGAUUGAGAGACUGGGGCAUGACUUGUAAGGGCCACGCUCAGUAGGAGGAUGUUGCCCUUUGACCUUUCCGUCUCAGCUUUGUCAUGUCCAGCUCGAAAAAGACCCUGAACUACAGCAAGCUUCAUAUUCCUGUUGUCUCUUGACCAAUCAUGUAGGACUUUGAAACUUCAGCUGCUUGUAGGACUUUUUUUAGGUAAGCUGUGAUCCGUCUCAUGUGUUUCCUGUCUGUUCUGUCUUUUAGCAGUGACUAUGCCAUUGUUAGAUUURACUAUAACUAUUGUACAGUAUAGCCUACAUAAGAGAAUACAUAUUCACAUCCUGAGUGACCUUGAGAGAUCUUUUUCAGUAGGAGACAGAGCACAAUGCAAAGGACCUCAUGGCAUGGAUGUAUACAGUAUUGUAAUAUACUGUAUAUAUACAGUAUACCUAGAUAUAUACAAUAUAUUAUAAUGUACUGACUAUUGGUGCUGUGUGUUAUCCAUGUAAUUAUUAGGCCAGAUGCACCAUAUGAAACACUACAUUAUAUCGUGGCUGCUCUUCCCCUUUCAUAUUAAGUAGAGGGAAUAUAACACAGUCAUUGUAACAGGUACUGUAUUCUGUUGCUGCAUUUUUAGAGAUAAUGAAUUUUGUGAAGAUUGUGUAUAGUAUUGUUACAUUGCUUUUGUGGCAAAUACAUAUGUCCUAGUUUUUCAGUAACACAUGUUCCAAUGAUUAUAAAAACACAAAAUAUACAUAUUUAAUAGACAAAUCACUUUAUUUAUAUCAAGAAAGUAUAUGUGUGAAAUAGUUAUCUAUUCCAUUUGUAAUGUGUCCUUACUUAUAUUUUGAAACAGUACUGUAUAUUACCCGAAUGUUUUGAAUAAUGAUAUUAAAGGUAUUUUAGUGUAUUUGUGAACCAAAGAAGGGUAUACUUACAAAUAUAUAUAUAUAUAAAUACAGCCCUUAAUAUAACUAAUAGAUGGAUUAAGAUAUUUCUAUAGUAAUAUGUAACUCAGUCACCACCCUUAACCUUAGUGCAUUCUAUGUUGGCAUUCUAUGUUGUGUAAAUGUAAUAUGUGUUUGUGAAUCACACUGACUGAAUGUUAUAACGUCACGACUAGCUGUGGGAGGGAAGCUGAGCUCCGUCAGCAGAUUUGCUGGUGUUUUGUUUAGUGAGAAGCACAAUGCUAAACUAUCUGGGGAAAUAUUUGACCCUAGGGACAAAGGAUUGUUUCUAUUUUAACAGUUGCACACUGUAGAGCGUUUACUCUGUUUUGAAGUAUUUCACUUCACGAAGGGGGCCRUUUAAUGAAAUAUAUCUUACCUUUCAAAUCUAUAAACUAUGUCAUGGAUUUUUUUUAUUUAUUUAUUUUUUUUUUUUUUUUACAUGAUCCACAUGUGCACAGUUUUAUCCUGUGAGAAUCGACGUGUUGUAAAAGACCAAUUGUUUGUCAUUGAGAUGUUGAUUUAAACAAAACAAAUGUACAGUUAUGAUGAUGAUUCUGUUGUUUGCGUGAUAAGAUACGUUGAAUAUGUUCCUCAGUGUGAUGGAUGUCCCCUGUCGAGGUAGACACUUUCACCUCAUAMCACGUGCAGCGCAUUGCUGUCCUAUUUACAGCAGAAACAAAAAUCUCAGCUUUAAAAAGAAAAAUGUGGGGGCAUGUUUUUGCCUGUUCUUUGUUAAUGAGGUCCAAUGAUCAUCUGCUACGCAUCCGCACUGUUGAAAUAAAUCUGUGGCUGUGAGUGUGCUCGACUUGA